AUGGGUUGUAAUUCUAGUAAAGAUGAACCCGCCAUCGCUCCUGAAGAAGUUUCAAAACAACAAAGAAGAUCCACUGUUCAAAUUAGUAUAGGACAGAAUAUAGCGGGUAUUCUCGCUAAUCAGUCGUCUAAAAAUAUCGUGUUUUUUGGUGGGCCAAAGUCCGGCAAAGGUGCUGUUAUAGAGGAAUUAGUGGAGUCGUUUGGGGUGAAGGUCAUCUCCGCUGAAUCUCUUCUUCACAUUGCUCUACAAAAAACGCUCUCCACUUCUGGUAAGGACGGAUCGAAGUUAGAAACAGCUGCUAUGUUAUCACAACUCAAAACCCAGCCCUCGCUCGUUACACUAGAGUGGAUAUUCGAGCUCAUUAAAACGGAAGUGCUCAGAUAUCCUGACAUUGUACACGUGAUAGACCUGUUGCCGAACAGCAAAAUAAUUCUCCGCGACAAAACCCUCUUCGACAACGCUGCAGAACUACUCCAAAAAUUUGAAGAAACUUGCCCAGUGGCGUUCGCAAUGCAUCUCUACAUCGACAAGGAACACCUAAACAAACAGUUAGAUAGUGCAGCCACACUGAAAACCCCUGAAGGAUGCACUGCUCCAGGUGGUAUUAAUGAUGAAGCAGAUUCAGCUGUGACCAAGAAACGGCACGCACUCUACGAAGAAGCUCUGAAACCAGUCCAGAAAUAUUUUAGGGAGUCAGAUAGAUUGGUGGAGGUGGAUGUGUCUUCCAUGUCUCACGAGAGAAUAUGGUUCAAAGUGGUCAGAAUGUUCGCUUCAUUCGAUUUGUCAGAAAGAAAAAAUAACAAUCUUAUCGUUAUAUUCGUUGAUGAUGCGUCAAAAGUACAAUCGUUAAUUGAUAGUAAAGUCAGAUUAAUAAAGCUAGUGGACAUUGUCGAUGAACCAGACGCUGAAUUUGAUUUGAUGAUGGAGUGUUUAUUAUACCAAAUAACAGAGCUAGGCUGCCCACAUGUGUGCUAUGCUGUCGACAUCAAAGGUUCAACGUUAGAGAAAGCUGAGACGCAAGAGACGAAAAAGUGUCUGGUGUACGAGCUGAAAGAACCAUCUAAACUAUCCGCCCAUCUUAACAAAUAUCAGAAAAACAUGUUGAGUGAGGAAGAUGGAGCCACUUCUAAGAGUUGGGAUGACAACGAUUACAUUUGCUAUAAAGCACCAAAUAACUUGACAUUACUAUUUUCUGAAAACUUUGACAAUAAAAGAGCGGAAGUGAUAGCCACUUCUUACUGUAGCAUGGACAAAAUGUAGAUUAUAUCAUAUUAAAUUUCUAAAUCAUAGCCGCAUGCUCCCAAUUCUAGAUUCGAUGUAAAUGUAAUGAGAUUUUUAUAUAAUAAGCUUAUUUAAAUUAUUGAAUGAUUGAGAUUCAAUUCGAGCGUUAGUGUUCAUAGGUGUACCACGGUUUAACACAUCUUGGCUGACUUAUGUAUUUGACACAAAAUGAUUUGUAUUCUCUCAGACCACUGUAUAUAGAAUCUUUUUUAUCUUUUGAAGACCGUCUUGUGGACUAUUAGUCUCCAAAAAAACAUAUUUUUGGUAUUGGUUCAUAGACGUUCUUUGAAAUAAUAGUUUUUGUACUCUUAGCAGUAUUUUUUCAUCAGAAUGGUUGCCAUGGUCUGAUUUUGAAGGGAAGCUCAAGCCACGAGAGGGGUACUUUUGAUAUUAAUGGCUUGAUAUGUUGGGAAUGAUCAUAAAUUGUGGCUUUUGAGCAUCCAAUGUUCGUCUCCUUUGAAUAUUUUGAAAUGUGAUUAAAAAUCACACGCCUUUUCUACCGAAGUGAAUACUGAUGCUAUCAAUAUUACGGGCUGGUUACCAUGGCAACUAUUUUGGUUCGCUCUUGUGAGAUGUUUGUAUCUUACUUAAGAAAUGUACAUAAAAUUUCUAUUGCCUAAUGGGAAAA